AUGGCUGCUGUUGCUGCUUGGAAAAAGGCAGGUUUCUCUAUUAACAAGUACUUUGCUAUAGCUGCAAGAACUGUUGAGAGGUCUUUAAAGCCAGAUAUCAGAAAGGAGGCUGAUAGAAGAUAUGAGACUGAGCUUAAGGUACAAACAUUGAAUGAUGGUGAAGUGACUAAGAUUGUCGAUUUAAACACUGGCAAGGAGAUUGCUGCUUAA